CCGAUGUCUGAGCGCGGCUUUUCCUCCUACCCAUUGAAUUAAGUCGACUAAGGCGUCAUGGCUGGCCGUUCCCGUACCUCAGCUGCGGCACGUCAUGCGCGAUAAUAUACACGCUCUUUUCGCUAGUUCUUCCACCAUUCCUCGUCCAUGUAUACAAUCUUUUUUGCGGCGUUUUUUUUUUUCACUCCAAUCGGCCAGAUCCGAUCGCGUGAAAAAGUGGCAAAGCGCGCUCAGCAGCACGGCUAACCCACAAACCUUGUUCCAGUCUUCGAGGAGUGGCUGUUGGUACAGUUACCGCAUCCAACACCUUGGAACCAGAGAUGGAAAUCAAACCGGUGCGAUUAACUUCGUGAACGUUUGUUCGAAUCGCGUAUCGCAGUGCAAAUCGAUCCAACGAGAUCAAGGAAGCAUCGCGAUGCAGAGCACGUGGAACGGACGAACCAUCGUCCAGUGACCGCCUCGUGCGUUGUUCCUGCAACCGCUGCAGUUCUUUAGUUUUCCCUGCUCGACUAUGGAGGUGGAGUACAUAAGUAACGCGAUACGUGCGGAUUCUUCUACCGUAAACGUAAUUGAGGAUCCGGUGAUUUAGGGGGAGUGGAGCAAGCUGCCACGUCGUCCUACUUAUGCGAGGCAUGGCUAGUGACUGGCCGCGAGUUGGGCAGUAGACGUGAGACGCGAAUUAACUGCGACUACUGUUCUUGUGAAUUACUCGUUCAGGUUUCACCCGGUUUUCCGAUGUGAAUCUCGCCCACGGUGAGCAUACGUAUUAUGCCAAGGUGCAGACCGGUGCUGUGUCGUCGAGUUCUGUGCCUCGUCGCUCUGCUCCUUGGACUCGGGGUUAACGGACGUGAUCAGCCGGUAAAUGAGGGAUCUGCGGGAUCAAGGAAUGACGAUGCGCAGCCGCAGCCUUCGACCACGAGUUACUCCGUUGCUGGACCCAACGCUCUCGCCAGAUCGCUCCUCGUCGAACGGCAGGAGAGGCUGCAGAAGAAUUGCGACACCCUUCCUCGGCAACGGGACCAACUCGUUACUUCAAAGAUAUUCCACCACCUUAUCGUCGACGAACUGCACAAGCUCCUCUACUGCUAUGUACCAAAAGUGGCCUGCACGAACUGGAAGCGAGUACUGAUGAUAGCGUCGGGGAAAUGGCAGGGUAAGGACCCGAUGGAAAUCCCGGCAAACCAGGCGCACUCCCCGGGGAUUUUCAGGCGUUUGUCGAAGUACACAAUGGAGGAAAUCGAGGAAAAACUGUUGACCUACAACCGGCUGAUAGUGGUUCGCCACCCCUUCGAGCGGCUGCUUUCGGCCUACAGAAACAAGUUCGAAGCGAAGUACAACAGCUCGAUGUACUUUCAGUCGCGAUUCGGGAAGCGGAUAGUAAAGAAGUUCAGAUCUAACGCGACUCGCGAGGCCCUCGAACGGGGCGACGACGUGACGUUCAGCGAAUUCGUCGACUUCGUGACGACCGAAGACGCCGAGAAUGGGACCCUGAACGAACACUGGAGGCCCAUCACCGAACUCUGCCAUCCCUGCCUGGUCAACUACGACUUGAUCAGCAAGUACGAGAGCCUGGUCGAAGACGCGACGGAGGUUUUGGAGCGGAUGGGCGCUCCCUGGGUUCGAUUUCCCAGCGGGCCGCAAAGCAGCGAGCCGACUUCGAAGAGGCUCGGAAGUUACUACUCGACGCUCACCUUCAAGCAGCUCCAAAAACUGGCGAAAUUGUACCAGCUCGAUUUCAAGGUGUUCGAUUAUUCGCUCGAGGAGGUCCUCGGCUUCUCUUUGGCCUGACUGACGUUGGUUACAUGAAAGGGAGAAAGUUUUUUUUCCAUUGACUUUCAUCGAUUCGCGGCCUGGUCUUUUCACUCGUAUGAGGCUUGAGGUUCGAGUACGGAGAUCCGGCUGGCGGGGAAAGUUGCAUCAGGCGUCUGGUAACGCCUUCGUUUUCAUUUUUUACUUUUGUAAUUAGGUAAUAGACACGCCACAGGCUGUAAUAACUCAAAAGACUCGAGCGCGUGCUGCCUCGUUGGUACUUACGACUCGAUACUGCUCAAUGUCUGUUAAUGCACACGGUACGAUUAAAUUCGAAUUGAAUAUUAAAAAUUAAGUGAGCCGAAAAUCAAUCUCAGUGAAAUAUCUUCACUACGCUAAUCUUACGUACUAUUGUACUAUUCGGCAAUUGGAAAUUAUAAAUGAUCGGCUCAAACGUGCUCAGAAGUAUGUUGAAUAUUGUCAAAAAUGUGUCAAUACUCAUCGAAAUUGAGAUUAAAAUUCGAAGUCAAACAGCGUCUUAGGGUAAAUUUCGUAUAGAAUACUUUGUACGAUUGCUCAACAGUUCACAUUUGCACAAAGAAUAUACUCGUUUCACAAUAUGUUGAUGUUAGAAAGGCCCGUACUUAAGCUAGCCGAUGUUCUAGGACUAAUUGUAACUCUGGUGAAUGCAUGAAGUUUAAUAACAGAGGGGUCUGUAGGUCAAAAUUGUUAUGUUAUAUUGUUGUUAAGUGAGGGUUACGAGCUAAUUGACUGUGGAGACGAAGGUGAAUUUUAUUUUACGUCACGCACAUUCCCAAUUUCAUAUAGAUUGAAACAAUCUUUUCGCUUCAUUUCGUUUGUAUCUCGGUGGAUCAAAAUGUAAUUAGAGGUAAAAAAAACGUCUACCUCUGCUACUUUGGACAUGUUACGAUAAAUUUCAGAAUCACACCGUACGAUUUAUCUUUUCUGUCUCACGUUACACCGGAUAUUAGUCAAGAUAUUUUCUCUGGGUUUCAUUGAUCUACAGUCGGUAGUCAUUCAUGAUUUACAAUCAGCUAGUGCCAAACGAUCGUUUGUAGAAAUUUAAGAAAAAAAGCAAAAAUCUAAUACAUAAUGCAGAGUUUGAAAGAGCGAGAAGCAACACGGGGAUUAAGUUAGAAUUAUACCGCGGAACGCGCUCUGAGUAUAUAUAGACAAUUUGUCAAAACGAUGGAAUCUCAAGUCUGCGCAUAACUUCGACGGGCGAAAAGAAUACUUCGCUAAUUUGAGUCGUCCGCGCGAAGAAGGAACGAAGGGGGGGGGGGGGGGGGAAGAAAGCAAGAAACGCGAAGCAGAAAAAUAUAUGAAACAGAACCAAACGCAACUAUUUUUACAACAUACCGAAUACCGAGAUCUGAAUAUUUGCCAAUAAUUUGGCAGCACAGUGGCGCCGCGAAAAUCGCGAUUCUACAGUUUCUUUUUUUAUUUUUUAAUUUUGUUUUCGCUUCAGUUUUUUUUUUUUUUUUUCUCCAUACGCAUAUCAUAAUCAUUGUAUCAGCCCGAAUUCAACGAUCGGUAAUCGGAUACGUAAAUCGAUCACGCGUAUCGUGCAAUAUACAUACUAAUAAACAACCGUGCCAUUAUUAAUGAUAGCUAUUGAUACCAUUUUAUGACGUACUAUGAAAAUAUACUUACCAAUAUAAUGAGGAAAAAAUAAAAUACUUAACACGCUCUCUACGCUACCGUAAACACGCAAAGUGAUAUAUACGUAUAUCUUAAUAAAAAAAAAUAAAACUGUAUGCGUUCAAUGGUACAUAUUUA